AUGUCUUCGUACUACGAACCUCAGGGCUGGCAGGCGCCCGCCGCUGCGCCGCGCCAGGUGUCGUGGGAGCAGCCCGUGCCGCCCUCCCGGUCAGGUUCCAGCUCGGUCUCCCAGCGCGAGGACAGCCCGGCCUUCUCCUCUCAAUUUGACGAGGUUGAUCGUGCGAUCGACAAUCUGGUCAAGAGCGGGAAGCUAUGGAACGCUCCCCGCCGGGACUCGAUGCCCAUGAUGAUGGGCCGUCCCUACCCUGAAUACGACCCUCGCAUGGGUGGCGGCCCUCAGCGACACCACUCGGUCAGCGAAUUCGAGGGCUCUCGAGCGCACCCGUCCGGCAACGUGCAGGGCUUCUACGCCUCGCAGCGUUACCAGGGUCGUCCCAAUGAAGUAGAGCAGAUGAUGCAGGCGAAGCGUCGGAUGGCGGCACAGCGUGAACGGGAGCUCCGCAACUAUCACCAGGAGCAGCAGUACAACCGAAGCCUCCUCGCCGAGAUGUCUGCAAACAAAUCCGAUCGCUCUACCAGCCCCGCUGCAGUGAGUGAAGAAUCCCGUCGCGAGCUUCUCGCCCGUCAGCACCGAGCCCUCUAUGGAAACGAGAGCCCCGCCUUCUUUCCCCCGGGCCCUCUGUCCGAUGAGGCUGCUCGCUCCGAGAGCCAGCCCGCUGGCACUCCGUCUUCCGGAGUUCGUGGUGCCUCUCCUCGUGGAGGCGACCCGUUCGGCCUGACGCAGUCUGGACCUGCUGCUGACAGUGCCUCCGGCCUCCAGUCUCCCUCCCGCGCGAACAGCACCUCCUCGCCUAGCUCCGCUAUCAACGCCAGCUUCUCCGAACAGCCCGUCACCUCGACCUCCUCGCCCGGUGCCGACUCGCCUUCCUCCCGCCAGCCUCCCGCUAAGCCCAGCACCGGCGCCAUCGGCUCAUCCGUGGGCCCUAUCGGUUCUCGCCCCGCUGGAGGCUUCGGAUUCACUCCCGGUGAAGCUGCCGCCGCUGGCGAACGCUCCACAUCCGCUGCGUCCAACCCAACUGCAACUGCUUCUGCCAAUGGACCUGGUCCCAAAGACGGCGGCGUUGGUCUGGGCUGGAGCAACGGCAGUGGUGUCUGGGGCUCCAAGAGCGGGCUCGGCGUUCAGGCCUCUGUGUGGGGUUAA